AGAUGGCUUUAGUUCGACUCAACUCGUAGUGUGGCUAGAAAAGAGAGCUCCUAGGUAGGGCUUAACGAAGAUGUGUGGCUUGACAUGUCCCGCAUCUUUUAGUGGAACUGUGGGGUAACGUUUAAGAAAUUUGGGGUCUCAUAUACCUAGUAGUGGUAUGAAGGACCCUUCUAAUUUUACACCAAGCUUAAACGAAACUUGGAAGCUUCAAAUAUUCACUGGGGCCUUGGAUGCGUCCUAAUUCCGUCAAUCGCUCAAAUGGCAGCUAAUGAGGAUGAAGGUCCGUCGUAUGUCGACUACGAAGCCUUUCUUGAUCCAAGUUUUAGCCCUUCGUCCUUCGCUAAUAGCCUUGUCCUUGCCACAAAUAAUCCGAACGACACUCCGCUAGAUCUCUCAACGCCGCUGUCCAAAGUACUCUUCGAUGCUCAAGAAAUCGACUCCCAUAUAGAUCUCCUUACAACCCGCUCUGCGAUUCCUCUUCUCUCACAUGCUACAGAACAGACCGAAGCGAGCGGGAGGAUAAUAACAGAAAUCGAUAACCAGGUAAAGAGCUUGAACGAGAGUUACAAGCAACUAGAGAAGGAAGUCAUACAAAAACAUGCCGAAGCCGACGAGGUGCGCCAAGUUGCUGCUCGGUUAUGGGAGACCUUGAAGCUAGGCAGAUCUGUUGGCCGCUGUCUCCAGCUAGGACGACAACUUGAGAUCCAGCAUACGGAAAUAAGUAGUUCAGGAUCAGGCGCCAGGAAAGAGGAUCAUAGAGCAUUGGUACGCUGUGCGCAUACGCUAUUGUCAUUGCGGGAGAUACUCGAUAAAAAGGCGCCAGGUGAAGAGGGGCAUGGCCUCGAUAAAGUCAAUGCAAUUAGGAGUUUGCAGGACUCUAUUAUAGGUCCAAUCGAGAAAUCCGUCAGGAGCACCUCGGAACAGAUUGUACGGGAGUUUAACGUUGGCUCCGCUUCGGGAACUACCACCUUCGCUCAAAGCGAGGAGGCUAAGGCGCGAAUCAUAUCUGCCGCCGUCACGCUCUACUUGAUAUCACCAAUACCCGGCGCCAAACCUGACAAGUGGUCGCCUCAGUUGCUUCUCCAGGCCCUCGAAGUCUACUUGCGCAACUCUUUGCAGAGCUCUAUCGCAUCGCUAGCGAGGUCGCUCGCAACAUUGCCAUCCCUAGACCGGACCUUGGCAGAAGUAUCAGCUCGAUGCCAAAAUAUAGUCGCCAUGGAAAUCAUCCUUUCCACGACUAAUGCGCCACCUCACCCACUACUGCCGGCUCAUAAACAUACUCCUUCCGAUAAGUCGAAUCUUCUACAGUACUUGCUGGCGUAUCUUGAGACCGGCUCUCUAGCGUCCUAUUUCUGGAGGACUAUGGCAAGCAGUCUCGCAACGAGGGUUCAGGAAAUCGUCAACAGAGGCGGUGUUUCGGCACGUACGUUGAAGACCAAUAAAAAUAGUGUAGGGGAGGCUAUUAGGGAAUGCGUCAUCCGAGGCAGUCAACCUCCGAGCACCGUUACGGCCACUAAAGGGAAAUCUUCCAAGGGAGAUCCAGAAAAAAGUGGUGGAUGGGAUAGGGAGGUGGCGGUUAUGGUUGGUAGUGUUAUUGGAAACCUCGGUAGGUGAUAACAGCAGGACGGGAAUGUCUACCCGGUUAAGCUAUUAGUUGGCCGACCUGUAAAUAAGAGUAUAUUAACGGCUUACGAUUUCCUAAAAGCAAGCAUCGUAGUACUAUGAUAUGAACCCCGCGAAAGAGGAGUCCGGGAUGGCCUUAGAGGGCAGUUUGAGCAAGAAUCUGGGGUAUGAUUAUUGCCGCGGCCUCGAUCACGAAGCUCUAUACCUAGUUGAGUUGUAUCUUCAAGAUAACCGGCUAGAUAUUAUACGCAAUCAAACUUCGGUCGGCUACAUCACGGGGUUUACCGGGCCGUAAAUGACCUCACUACCUACCUAUCUAUUCCCUCAUUAAAAUUACCCAAUAUGGCUGACUUGAUACGACAUGACAGCACUAAUGUUGAGGUCAAUUCAUACUUAUAUGCCUCAUUUCAGAGUGUCUAUCAUCCCUAGAAAUCCACAGAAGAAAUUGACCAAUAUUCCAACCUAUGAAGCCCAAAAACGGGCCGUUUGGCUGCAAUUGAGCCACUUCUGCAUAGACCAGUCUCGAACGUAAUAAGGCUCCCACUCGUUAGGAGUUAAGACAUCAUUGCAUACUUGGCGCCUCCAAUCGGUAUUCCCAGAAAACAUGGAGAGAUUAGAUAUAUGGUAUGCUAACAGAAUCUGUCCUGCUCAUACUCUAUAGCGGGUGCUGUAAUUAUAUCCAUUAUCAUCGCAACACUCGUAGAUGUGGGAGCUUUUU